GGGAAGUGUCAACGUCGUGUUCGUUUAUGGUGCUUUCUGUUUUUUCUUUUUAUCAUUCACUCUAACGUAUAUAAUCGAACGAUAGGUAGUAACGUAUCUUCGUACUUCUCUAGUGUAGUAUCGAAAAUCGGUUGUAAAAAAAAGGUUAAAUAUGGCUGUAGCGAGUGGUGCUAUGUAUAACACGAGAACCGUCGUUCCAUCGUUCAUGUCGUCGAACAUAUAUUAUGGUUACGUGCCGACUUAUAAAAAAGAAUGUCAACUGAAUCCCGUGUUAGAGCACGAGGAAGUUAGUAAAAUGCCGGUGUACAAUAGCUGUACCUAUGGCACAGCUAUGGAAACCGACGAUGACGGAUGCGAUUAUUCUAUGGCAUCUUGCUAUUUGAAUAACGAUUCCGUGAUUCUAGAAGCGUCGGCGCAGAAUCGGUUGAGAGUAAAUGAUCAGCAACGGCAGUGUCAACAGCAGGCGAGCCACGACGACGCGGACACGCUUCGACGGAGAAACCGGAAGCGAUCCAAUGGUGAUCACAGUCCUGUCUGCGAGCUGAAAAAAUUUCGUGAAGGCAGUGGUAACAACCACGUACACCAAGGCACAAGAAGUACAAAGGACUAUGGAUUGGCCAAGGUGUCUUAUGAGCCGGAACUAUUGCUUGUAAAUACAACCAAUGACAAAGACCUGGAGCAAGCCAGUAUCACAAACAAGAGCUGCUGUUUGGCAGCAGGUAAUCAUAAUCUCUUAAGUAAUACAAAUAAUAAAUAUUUGGUCUCAAGCAGUGGGUUUAAAUCAUUUGAAAACAAUGACGAGUAUGAGACAAUUUUAUUUGAAACACAUGGGUGCUCCAUAUAUCACCUUCAUCGUUUGCAAAUGCUUGAUAGUGACUGCACAGAGACGGAAUUUUAAGUAGGAUACUUGACAAUCAUUUCUAACAUUUAUAUUUUUUGUAUUUGCAUCGAAAAGUGUAUAUUCAUUACUCAUAAGUAUGUCAUUACACUGUAUCAUGAAGUUGGAAAUAAAUACUUAC